AUGGAUCUAGAAAGAGAAAUCACCCCCAAAAGGGAACAAACCCCAACCAACCCUCCCCUCUCCUCCAUCCCCCAGAAACGCCCCCACGACGAAGCCCACGCCCCAAGUGUCCCCUCGCCGCUCAAUCCCGAAGUAAAACCCUCCAAGGUCCCAACGCCGGCGACAGACGAGAUGGCCCCGCGGGACAAGCCAGCCAGGACGAAGAAGGAGUCCGCGAAGAAGCGCGAAUCCAAGGGCAUCGACGGCGGGAGCAGUCGCGCGACGCCGGAUCCGAAGCUCGCGCAGACGGUGGUGGUGGACCCGAAUACGUGCUCGCCGCUGAGAUACAAGUUGGCGCCGCCGCGGCCUUCGGAUUUCGAGCCGCCUAAGGGGCCUGUGUUUACGCCGCAUCAUGAGCUUGUGAAGCAGGAUAGGAAGAAGGUUCAGUUUUACGAGACGUCGGAUCAUGUCUACAAUAAGAAGAACUUUCACUACACGCACUGCAUUGCGGACCCUGCGUUCCCCUCGUCCUUUUACUAUCGCCAGACCGAACCCGAGCCUCUGGGACCGCAUAUCAGCUUCGAAGAUGCCGCGACGCACAUGUACUUCGACGAUACCGGCCACCACAUCACUACCGAUAAAGGGUUCCGCAUGGCGAGAGCCAACGUCGCUGUCCGUGAAGGCCGUUGGUACUGGGAGUGCAAGAUUACCAACGGCAUUGUGAAGACGAAGAAGGGCGAACCGAAUACUUCGAAUGGCCACGUGCGAAUUGGAUUCGCGAGGCGCGAGGCAUCCCUAGAUGCGCCCGUUGGAUUCGAUGCCUAUAGCUACGGCAUCAGGGACAAGCAGGGCCACAAGGUGCACAUGUCGCGUCCGAAGUCGUUCUUCCCUCCGGACGAGGAGAUUUGCGAAGGGGACGUCAUCGGCCUCGAGAUUAAGCUACCUUCGGAACAGCUUCAGCGCAAGGUCCUAGCAGGUGACUAUAACCCCGUCGUGGACGACCCGGACGAGGAGCCAGACCCGUUCGCGCCAGCUCCGAAUAUCGUCAGGGACCGCAUUCCCAUCCGAUUCAAGUCGCAUCUCUACUUUGAAAAGAUCGACUACCACACCACUAAGGACCUCGAAGACCUCAUGAACCCCAGUCCGGCUGUAUCGGGCCCUUCUAUACCACCCAACCCUAACCACCCCGCUCCGGCGCUACGCACCCUACCGGGCUCCUACAUCAAAGUCUACAAAAACGGUGUCCUGGUGGGCACCCCCUUCGAGGACCUCCUCGCCUUCCUCCCACCGGCGUCGAAACCGCAAUCUCAGCCCGGCGCGCGCGAGGGCCUCGACGACGGUAUGCUCGGCUACUACCCCGCCGUGAGCGUGUUCCGCAUGGGCGCCGCCGAGGUCAACUUUGGCCCCAAAUUCUGGUACCCACCCCCGGGUUACCAAGGCGCGGGCGACGACGAGGACGAGGUCGACAUGGUGGGGGUCGAGAACGAUGACGGCAAGGCCACGAACGGGCGCGAGGUGCGACCGAGGUUGAAUCGGCUGCGUCCCGUGUCGCAGCGGUAUGCGGAGCAGGUUGUUGAAGAUGUCAUUUAUGACAUUGUUGACGAGGUGGACUUUUGGUUGCAGGAUGGUGGUCCGAGGAAUGUGCCCAAGGGUGGAGAGGGGAAAGUUGGUAGUGUUGCUGUGGUGCCUGAGCAGGAGGAGAUUAAGGAGCUUGUUCAGGACGAUUAG